AUGGGAUUUUUGACUAUAAUGAAAAAACAAAAGAUAAAGGAUAAAGAAAUCAAAUGUUUAUUACUAGGAUUGGAUAACUCGGGGAAAUCGACCAUAGUAAAAGGGUUGCAAGAUAUAACCUGUGAAACUACUACCACCACCACUGCAAAAGAGAUCACGCCCACUGUAGGUUUCAGCAUCAAAAGUGUUACAUAUUCAUCUUAUCUUAUAAAUAUAUGGGACAUAGGAGGACAAAAAUCUUUAAGACCAUUUUGGAAUAAUUAUUUUGAUAAAAUAGACUGUUUGCUAUGGUGUGUUGAUAUAUACGAUAAAUCUAGAAUAAAUGAGUCAAUGGAAGCAUUGAAGAGGAAUUUGGAAAGUGUUGAAAUUGAGGGCGAUAUUGUAAUUCCUGUAAUUAUAUUAUUGAACAAGGUAGAUUUAAUAGACACAAUGACCGAUGGUAAUAACAACAACAACAACAACUAUGGUAAUACCGAUUUUUUAUCAACUUAUUCUUUUUUGGAAAAAGAAAUGGUGGGUAAUAGUAAAAAUAAUAACUAUACUAUAAUUCAAUGUAGUGGUAUUACACAUUUAGGUUUAAAGGAGCUGUUAGUUAAUAUCAUCAUUGGUAAAUGA